CAGUCCAGACAUCCCAGGAAUUAACCUCGUGAAUCUACGCUGCACUUCCUCUACGGUCAGGAUGACCUUCCUUAAUCCUGGAGACCAAAACUGUACACAAUACUCCAGGUGUGGUCUCACCAGGGCCCUGUACAAAUGCAAGAGGAUUUCCUUGCUCUUGUACUCAAUUCCCUUUGUAAUAAAGGCCAACAUUCCAUUAGCCUUCUUCACUGCCUGCUGCACUUGCUCAUUCACCUUCAGUGACUGAUGAACAAGGACUCCUAGAUCUCUGUAUUUCUCCCUUACCUAACUCUACACCGUUCAGAUAAUAAUCUGCCUUCCUGUUCUUACUCCCAAAGUGGAUAACCUCACACUUAUUCACAUUAAACGUCAUCUGCCAAGUAUCUGUGCACUCACCCAGCCUAUCCAAGUCACCCUGAAUUCUCCUAACAUCCUCAUCACAUGUCACACUGCUACCCAGCUUAGUAUCAUCAGCAAAUUUGCUGAUGUUAUUCUCAAUGCCUUCAUCUAAAUUGUUGACGUAAAAUCAUGUGAAAGUCACAGGGCUGACCAUCCUUCUGUCUUCCAGGAAGGAAAAGAAGGUGGGACUACAUCUUGCCCAAGGGUGACCUGCAGGCUAGCGGAGGGAAGGAGCACCUCACACCUCCUUUGGUAGAGACACAUCUCCAGCCCGCCACCCCAUGCUGCUUAAAGAGGUAGAAGCUGCAAAGAAUCUUUCCAAAGAAGAAGAAUGUGUAACAGAAGAAGGACCCACUGUAGUUCAACAUGCAGUUGGUUUCCGGAGGAAACAGAAGAUGAUGUUUCGGCAGCUGAAGACAUGUGCUUUGUUGUUGGAUCUGGUGAAAAGAAGUGAUGCCAAUGGGAUUAAAGAAAUUGACCAACAGCAGGAUAUCCAACUGAAAGUCAAUGAAAUGAGGCAGAAGUGGAAGAGCUUGAAAUCAGAAUGUCGAGUGCAAGAAGAGGAGCUUCAGAACAUGUCCACCAUCCUAGAGAAAUUCCAAGCUCUCGAGGCAAAAGAGCAAGCUUUGAAGGAUGCUAUCCAGUUAUAUGAAGCAAAGGCCCUUUGUAGAAUCUCCGCCUUGGUGAUGUACCGAAAGAAUUUAAUUAUUAUUGAGCGUGGCUUUCUAUCCUGGAAAAAACAGCUCGAAGAGGUUGCUCACCAAAAGAGGUUACAGCUUCAGAAGGAGCAGAAACUGGGAUUGACUGAAGAGAAGAGUCUGAUUGAGAAAGGCAUUGAGGAAUGCUCCCUGUCUAUAAGCAAGUGCCAUGCCUUGAUACAACAGGCACAGCAAGCAAUCCAGCUGAUGGCGAGGAAAUGUGGCUUCAUUGACAGCAUACACCCUUGUGAUUUCCACACCCUGUCUCAUCUCCACCAAAUCCUAGAGACGCAGUCGGGUGUGAAAGUGCUGGCAAUCUCUGAAGAUCAGGUCACUCUACGGUUUGAUCCCCGCUUGCUGAUCCCCCUGACCAAGCUCACUCCACUUGUGCUGACGAUAACCUGGACUAGCAGCGAAACAGCAAGGCUCGAGACGGAUUGUGCCUUCCUUGGGCUAUCUGAUAUCAAGUCACUGGAUCUGCCAAGCAUUACAGCUGAAAUCUGGAAACGUUACAUGAGCCAGGCUGAGCUCUGGGGGGAGAUCCAGGACCUACAGAACAAGUAUGCUAUUGAUUGGCUGGAAAGCGAACGGAAGCUGAGGUUACUACGUUUGAUUGCGAGCAGCUCAUCGAACAUCAUCUACACGUUGUACGUUGAGCCCGGUUACCCAGUUGAUGGCGAGGUCAAGCUCUACUCCAUCCAAGAGAACAAUAGGCUUAUUGAUAUGGUGAUAAAGCCUCCACAAGCCAAGCCACUGCUGACUGACUGGUUGGAGUAUCUGAACAACUUGGAUUAUCGGGAAGGAUAGAGGGUGGUGCCUUUUUCUCUUGUGUGCACAUAGAAAGCUGAAGCAAAUGUUUGUCGAUCCCUUGCUCCAAUUAAAUGAUGGUCUGUUAUGGUC